CCCCUGAUAUCCCCCCAAAACCCCGUGCUUCCCCCCCAAACCCCUCUCCCCAUCCCCCUCCCCGGCCACGCCGUGGCGGUGGCGGCGUCGGGCGGCAAAGACUCGGCAGUCCUGGCACACAUUUUGGCGCGGCUGAACCGGCGGCACCGGCUGGGGCUGCGCUUGGCUCUGCUCGCCGUGGACGAGGGGAUCUCCGGUUACCGGGACGAGGCGCUGCGGGUGCUCCGCGCCGCCGGGGCGGCUCUGCCGCUGCCGCUGGCCGUGAUCCGGCACCGGGAGCUCUUCGGGUGGGACCUGGACCAGCUCGGGCCGGCGCUGGGCCGGCGCAGCCGCUGCACCGUCUGCGGCGUCUUCCGGCGCGCCGCCAUGGAGAGGGCGGCCAGGGAGAUGGGGGCGGACUGGAUUGCUACUGGCCACAACGCGGACGACGUGGCCGAGACGGUUCUGAUGAAUUUCCUGCGCGGGGACGUCGCCCGACUGCGGCGCGCGGCCAACGAGGCCUGGGGGGCCACCAACGGGCCCUGGUGGGCCACCAACGAGGUCACCAUGGCCACCAACGCCGGCGGGGUCACCAACGAGGUCACCGAGGCCACCAACGAGGUCACCAUGGCCACCAAUGAGGUCACCAUGGCCACCAACGAGGUCACCGAGGCCACCAACGAGGUCACCAUGGCCACCAAUGAGGUCACCAUGGCCACCAACGAGGUCACCGAGGCCACCAACGAGGUCACCAUGGCCACCAAUGAGGUCACCGAGGCCACCAACGAGGUCACCGUGGUCAACGAGGUCACCAUGGCCACCAAUGAGGUCACCGUGGCCACCAAUGAGGUCACCGUGGUCACCAACAGGAUGGUGGCCACCAACGGGAUGGUGGCCACCAACGACGUCUUGGAGGCCAACAACGGCGCCAUGGCCACCAAUGAGGUCAUGGUGGCCACUGAUGAGGUCACCAUGGCCACCGACGAGGUCUUGGAGGCCACCAAUGGCGACGGGGUCACCAACGAGGUCAGCGCGGCCACCAACGAGGUCACCAACAGGAUGGUGGCCACCGAUGAGGUCACUGUGGCCACCAACGAGGUCACCGAGGCCACCAAUGAGGCCACCAUGGUCACCAAUGAGGUCACCGUGGACACCAACAGGAUGGUGGCCACCAACGAGGUCACCGUGGCCACCAAUGAGGUCACCGUGGACACCAACAGGAUGGUGGCCACCAACGAGGUCAUGGUGGCCACCAAUGGUGCCGUGGCCACCAAUGAGGUUAUCGUGGACACCAACGCCAACGGGGUCACCAAUGAGGUCACUGUGGCCACCAACAGGAUGGUGGCCACCAACAACGUCUUGGAGGCCACCAAUGGUGCUGUGGCCACCAAUGAGGUCACUGUGGCCACUGAUGGUGCCAUGGCCACCAAUAAAGUCAUGGUGGCCACCAAUGAGGUCAUGGUGGCCACCAAUGAGGUCACCGAGGCCACCAACGAGGUCACCGAGGCCACCAACGAGGUCAUCGUGGACACCAACGAGGUCGCUGUGGCCAUCAAUGAGGUCACUGUGGACACCAAUGAGGUCACCGUGGCCACCAACGGGGUCACCAACGAGGUCACCGUGGCCACCAAUGAGGUCACCAUGGCCACCAACGCCAACGAGGUCACCACGGCCACCAGCGAGGUCACUGUGGCCACCAACGACAUCACCAUGGCCACCAACAGGAUGGUGGCCACCAAUGAGGUCACUGAGGCCACCAACAGGAUGGUGGCCACCAACAACGUCUUGGAGGCCACCAAUGAGGUCGCUGUGGCCACCAAUGAGGUCACUAUGGACACCAACAGGAUGGUGGCCACCAACAAUGUCUUGGAGGCCACCAAUGGUGCCGUGGCCACCAAUGAGGUCACUGUGGCCACCAACAAGGUCACUGUGGCCACCAACGAGAUCUUGGGGACCACCAAUGAGGUCAUGGUGGUCACCAAUGAGGUCACCGUGGCCACCAAAGAGGUCACCAUGGCCACUAAUGAGGUCACUGUGGCCACCAACGAGGUCACUGUGGCCAGCAACGUCAAUGGGGCCACCAAUGAGGUCACCAUGGACAUCAACGGGAUGGUGGCCACCGACCAGGUCAGCGUGGCCACCAACGACAUCACCAUGACCACCAAUGAGGUCACUGUGGCCACCAAUGAGGUCACUGUGGCCACCAAUGAGGUCACCAUGGCCAACAACGAGGUCGCUGUGGCCACCGAUGAGGUCACCAUGGCCACCAAUGAGGUCACCAUGGACACCAACGGGAUGGUGGCCACCAAUGAGGUCAUGGUGGUCACCAACGAGGUCAACGAGGCCACCGAUGGGAUGGUGGCCACCAACGAGGUCACCGAGGUCACCAAUGAGGUCACCAUGGCCACCAACAGGAUGGUGGCCACCAACGAGGUUGCCAUGGCCACCAAUGCCAACGGGGUCACCAAUGAGGUCAUCGUGGACACCAACAGGAUGGUGGCCACCAACGGGAUGGUGGCCACCAAUGAGGUCACCGAGGCCACCAAUGAGGUCACUGUGGCCACCAAUGAGGUCAGUGUGGUCACCGACGAGGUCACCGUGGUCACCAACAACGUCUUGGAGGCCACCAAUGGUGCCGUGGCCACCAAUGAGGUCACUGUGGCCACUGAUGGCGCCGUGGCCACCAAUGAGGUCACCGUGGCCACCAACGAGGUCACUGUGGCCACCAAUGAGGUCACAGUGGCCACUGAUGAGGUCACCAUGGCCGCCGACGGCACCGUGGCCACCAAUGAGGUCACCGUGGCCACCAAGAACCCAACGGAACCCAACGAGAACCCAACAAAACUCAACAAGAACCCAACAAAACCCAACGAGAACCCAACAGAACCCAAUGAGGAAUCAACGGAACCCAACAAAAACUCAACCAAACCCAAUGAAAACUCAACGAAACCCAACGAGAACCCAACAAAACCCAACGAGAACCCAACAAAACCCACCAAGAACCCAACAGAACCCAACGAGAACUCAACGGAACUCAAUGAGAACCCAACAAAACCCAACCAGAACUCAACAAAACCCAAAGAGAACCCAACAGAACCCAAUGAGAACUCAACGGAACCCAACGAGAACCCAACAAAACCCAACGGGAACUCAACGAAACCCAACAAGAACUCAAACAAGCCCAAUGAGAACCCAACAAAACCCGAUGGGAACUCAACAAAACCCAACGAGAACCCAAUGGAACCCAAUGAGAACUCAAUGGAACCCAACGAGAACUCAACAAAACCCAAUGAGAACCCAAUGGAACCCAACAAAAACUCAACGAAACCAAACGAGAACCCAACACAACCCAACGAGAACCCAACGAAACCCACCAAGAACCCAACAAAACCCAUCAAAAACUCAACAGAACCCAACGAAAACUCAACAAAACCCAACGAAAACCCAACAAAACCCAACCAAAACCCAACAAAACUCAAUGAGAACCCAACAAAACCCAACGAGAUCCCAACAAAACUCAACGAAAAUUCAACAAAACCCAAUGAGAACCCAACCAAACCCACCAAGACCCCAACAAAACCCACCAAGAACCCAAUGAAACCCACCAAGAACCCAACGGAACCCAAUGAAAACUCAACAAAACUCAACAAGAACCCAAAGAAACCCAACGAAAACCCAACAAAACCCAAUGAGAUCCCAACAAAACCCAACGAAAACUCAACGCAACCCAAUGAGAACCCAACGGAACCCACCAAGAACCCAACCAAACCCACCAAGAACCCAACGAAACCCAACGAGAACCCAAUGAGAGCCUGGGAAAAUUUAAUGGAACCCAACAAGAACCCAACCAAACCCACCAAGACCCCAACCAAACCCACCAAAACAUCACCAAAACCCACCAAGACCCCAACCAAACCCACCAAAAACCCAACCAAACCCACCAAAACAUCACCAAAACCCACCAAGACCCCACCGCUCCCCAAGGCGCCCUCGGGGAAACCCAACCCGGCCUCUCCGUGGCCAACGGUGCCGCGGCUGAAGCCGCUGCGCCACGCGGCGCAGAAGGAGAUCGUCCUCUACGCGCAUUUCCUGGGGCUGCCCUACGCCAGCGCCGAGUGCCGGCACGCGCCGCUGGCGUUCCGCGGCCACCCGCGGGCGCUGCUGAAGGACCUGGAGGCCGCCCGGCCGGCCGCCGUGGCCGCGUUGGCGCAUUCGGGCCGGCGGUUGGCGCUGGGCGCGGCGCCGGGCGCGGGGGCGGCGCCGGGGGCGUGCCGGAGUUGCGGCGGCGCCGCCAGCGGGGAGAUGUGCAUGGCGUGCGUGCUGGUGGCCGCGCUGGAGCGAGGGCGGCCGCGGGUGGCGUUGGGCAAGCGCGGCAUGAGGGUGGGCAACGAGGGCGGGUGGUGGGAUGGGGGGGGUGGGCACCAAGAU